UGCGCGACGUUAGCGGAAGUGACGCACCUUGCUGUGUUUCCGUUGGCUGGUCCGUCUGGUUGGAGCGUCAGAAGCGGAUCGGUUUGGUUCGUUUCGGUUCUUCGCAAUCAGAAGCAUAAACUCCACGCAUAAGAUGUCGUUCGGUGUCCCGCACAGCGGCGGCCGGCGCAGUAAAUGGGAUCAGGCCGGUCCGGUGUCCGGAGAUGAUGGAGGCUCUGCUCCGACCGGAGCUCUGGACGCUGCUGCCGCCGUCGCUGCCAAGAUCAACGCCAUGCUGGUGGCCAAAGGAAAACUCAAACCGUCUCAGAUCAGCAGCACUGCUCCCGCGGAGAAAGUGGCAGGUGUUGGUGGUAAUAAGGUGAAAGAUGAUCUGGUGGUGGCCGAGGUGGAGAUUAAUGAUGUCCCACUGACCUGUCGAAAUCUGCUGACCCGCGGACAGACUCAGGACGAGAUCAGCAGAGUGAGCGGCGCUGCGGUGUCCACCAGAGGACGCUUCAUGACCACAGAGGAGAAGAGCAAAGCACUGCCCAGUGACCGUCCACUCUAUCUGCACGUCCAGGGACAAACCAGAGACUUAGUGGACAAGGCUGUAAACCGGAUCAAGGAGAUCAUUACUAACGGUGUGGUGAAGGCUGCCACUAACUCCAGCUACAGCGGAGCCACGGUCACCGUUUACCAGCAGCCUGGACCCGCUCCUGUACCCACAAUCCCCUCCGCUGCUCACAAACCACACUAUCCAGGAGGAAUGCAUUACGUGCAGGACAAGCUGUUUGUGGGUCUGGAUCAGGCCGUGCAGGGCUUCUGUGUGAAGGAGCGUGUGGAGGGGCCCGGCUGCUCGUACCUGCAGCACAUUCAGGCAGAAACCGGGGCCAAAGUCUUCCUGCGGGGCCGAGGGUCCGGCUGCCUGGAGCCUGCGUCAGGACGAGAGGCCUUCGAGCCCAUGUACAUCUACAUCAGUCACCCAAAGCCAGAAGGACUCGCUGCUGCUAAAACCCUGUGUGAGAACCUCCUUCAGACCGUUCAUGCAGAAUAUUCUCGAUUCCUGAAUCAGAUGAGCAGUGUGAUGCCCACACAGGCAGGAUUCAUUCAGCCGCCUGCCGUUAACGGGAUCCCGCCGCAGGCUCCGUAUUACCCCCCCGCAGGCUUCCAGCCGUCCUACCCCGUCCCGGUCCCUCCGCCGCAGCCCAUCGCUCCUCAGUAUCCAGUGGCCCCGGGCCCCGUCCCCCCCCCACAGUACCCCGUCCCCCCCGCUCCGGCCAGCGUCCCCGCACAGACGCUUCCUCCGGCUCUGUUUCCUCCCGGCGCUCCGGCUCCGCCCACAGUUGUAGCUCCGCCCACCCAGCAGCAGAAGCGGCGCUUCACGGAGGAGGUGGACGAGACGGACCGUGGCCUGCUGGGAUACCAGCAUGGACCCAUUCAUAUGACUAAUUUAGGUGCAGGCAUCUCUGUGGGCAGCUCUGAGGCAUCAGGACCCCCGUCUGCUGCUGCUUCAGGGCCUGUGAGAGAGAGAGACAGCAGCAGACUCAUGCCCCCCCCGUGUGCUCCGGCUCCAGGCGACGGUCCGAGAGCUCAGAAAGCAGACGAGAAGACGCCGGCGCAGAGCCUUCUGGAGCCGCAGGUGAAGCGUGUGCGGACGGGGCUCGUGGCGUACACCGGAGACUCCUCCGACGAAGAAGAGGAUCACGGAGCCUCCAGAGCAGCCGGAGCCACAGGAUGGACGUACCGCUUCCCAUCAUCAGCGCCCUCACGGCCCAAAACACAGACGCAGACACAGACCAUGCCCUUCUGGAUGGCACCGUAAACACACACACACACACACACUCAUACUCAUACACACACACACGCCUCCUAAAGACUGUCCUGUGGGAUUAUGGGAGGAUGGAAGACUCUUCAUCAGUUUGAUUUCGAACCCUUCUGGAUGGCACAGUAAACACACACACACACACACACACACACACUCACACACAUGCGCCUCCUAAAGACUGUCCCGUGGGAUUAUGGGAGGAUGGAAGACUCUUCAUCAGUUUGAUUUCUAAUGUUGUUCUUCUGAGAUGAAUAAACUCAUGCAUUGCUCUCA